AGAAAUUCCUCUAAACCCUAAACCCGAAGCCCCGGCUGGCACUGGGGUCUCGGUGCACUUGCACAUCGCGAUUUUGCCUUCUCCUCUUCCUUGGUUUCGCUUAGUGGUUACAUCCGUUUUCGUGUUUUGCGGUAACAAUUGAUCUGCUUCCUGGUCUCAAGAGUUUUCGAUUCGUCCUGUUUAAUUUUGCGGCCCAUGGGAACAUUCGUGCGGCAGCGCCUUAUUUCGCGUUUGUCUCGCGGGGACCCGUGUCGUAGGUUAUGCCCUGGGGUGUUGGGUUUUUCGCCUCAGGGCCAUGGAAGUGUAUCAACAGCGGCUGGUUACGCGACGUCGUCGGAGAGUGGCCAAAGUGAGGGAUCUGCUUCAUGGUUCCAGAAGCUGAAGGGAGUGUUCAAGGGGAUACCAUCCUCUGAAUCGCGGCCUCAGGGUCCUGAACCGAAGGUUGCUGAUCCCAAGGCUAUUCUACCCGGGGACUUCACCAUGGAAAAUUUUGCAGAUGAGCUUGGGAAGGCCCGUCGAUUCGGAAGCAUGACCCAGUUUGGACGUGGACUUCCUCGCGGAGGUGAAAUGUCGGCAGUCAAGUCCUUACAAAGACAAGAAGAAAUUCUCCGUGCACUGCACAAGCGAGAUCCUGUGCGAGUAGGAGCACAGCAGAAGGCUGAUGUAGCUGCAGAGUGCGGGUGCACAGUAUUCGACGUGGAGAACGUGAUUUCAAAGUAUGAGUGGGCGAAGGAAGCUAAUCGGCGUGUCAAGAAACUCGAAGCGGAAGGCAAGCCUUUACCGAAGACAUUGAAUGAGGUCGAAGCCCUCAUGGGUGGCAGCUGGAGUGCAGCAGCUUCUGUGAAUCUAGCGAAGACGGGAAACAUCAGUAGAAAUGCCGCUUGCCCUUGUGGGUCUAAAAAGAAGUACAAGAGGUGUUGUGGCAAAAACGCAGUGGAAUCCUGAAAGAGCUAGCGAGAAAUUUGGAUACAAGUGACGCUACUGUCGUUAAUUAUCAGCAGGCGCUACAACUUCGUAAGAUUUUGGAUUUGACAGUGAAAUGACAAUUUGUCAACGAAAUCCGCACUCACGCCUUGGCAGAUUUAUGGCUUGUAUAGGUGCUGUUCGCUUUCCUCUUCGCUGGAAAGCAAAGUAUGCAUCUCUAGAUGUUGCUCAUGCCAGGUUCAGAGCUUUCCCCGUUGCUAGUAUUCACCUUAACACAUCUAAUUAUUUAGUCGAACUGAAAUUGUUUCAAAUGUAGACCUGUUAGAAAUCAAUGCAAUGCAUACUUAUGAAAUUGACAGAUUCUUAGCAUUUGACACAAAACUAUUAAAUUGAGAUGUUUCCUUCUUCGUCUACCAAGUUAAAUCAAUUAGCCAUUCGUAUUAUGAGCACUGUGGCAGGUGAAGUAAAUGUACAUACAAAUUCAGUAGUUGAACUCGCAUCUGCAACCAAACAAAA